GGAGCAGCACCGACAGGUAGGAGGAGCUUGAAGCGGUUCAUCUGUAAUGAUUCACCUGGCGCUCCUCUCUUCUGCUCCUCAGGCCUGGAUUUCCUGGAUCAGAAGAAACGCUCAGUGGAUUUCCUCCAUUGCAUUCCAAUCCCUUUCCCACUACGCCGCGGAUUAGCAGACAGUCAUGGUGGGUUCAUCCGGAGGCCGACUGCUCCCGUUGUGCUGCUCACAUUCUUGAUAGUUCCCAUCUGGGUUUGACAGGUCACUCUGAUCUGGGCGACGACCCUCCCCACAGCUCCCGACAUGUGGCUCGUGGUCGCCUGCGUCCCGCUGCUUCCCGCCAUCUUGGUGGCGUGCGCUCGUUAUGGUGUCGACGCGGCCUCCCUGUGCCGCGGGGCUGUGGCCUGGGCCCUGAGGCUGCUGCGAGGGAGAGCGUGCGCAAAGAGCACCCACGCCUUCGUGUUCUCCCGAUGCACCCACGGCCAGGCCGACAGCGUCCUGCGGACCUUUGAGCUGUACGCCGACACGCGGCCGUCCCCCUGCAUCGGCCCAGUGACCGGUGAAGCGCUGGACCGAGCGCUGAGGCGGCUGGGCCCGUCCCGGGUGUUGGAGCUGGGGAUGCACUGCGGCUACACUUCGGUCCGCGUGCUGCGUCUGCUUCCCUCCGCCGGCCGGCUGAUCGCGGUGGAGCUGGACCCGCUGGCUGCGGAGCUCGGGGAGGAGGUCAUACUCGUGGCUGGCUUCAAACACUCCCAGGUACACGGCCAGUUCCAGGUGUUGACAUCCAGCUCAGCGGAGGCCAUCCCAACUUUGGGUUUGUUCCUCGAGGUCAAUCGAGGGAUCAGCGAGGGGCUCGACAUGGUUCUGAUGGACCACAACCCCGGGCAGUACCUCCCAGACCUGCUGGCUCUUGAGAGAGAGGGACUGCUCCGCCCGUCCGGCUGCUCCGUCCUUCUGAUCUACAGCAGCCGAAGAGCCGCCGCAGACGGAGGAGAAGUCAUGGAUUGGAUCAGAGCGAGGCCCGACCGCUACAGCGUAAAGUCAGAACUGCCUUUCAUGACCGAGAUCUUCUACCAAAAUAAAAGCACGAGGGUUGAUGAGUGAGAAGAAACAACCAAAGAUGUGUGCUUCCAGUUUGGUGUAAAAUACUUCCUCUCUCUUGUAUUACUGUGAGUACAAAAUACUUUUCAUCAAAAGUCUUUGUUGAAACAUACUUUUCUCUCAAGAAACUGUUAAGUGAUUCAUUGCAAAUAUGUAAGCAGUUUUUAUUCCAUGACACAAAUAACAGCAGAAAAGGAAAGGAUCAUAUUACUAUACUUUUCUCUUUGGUUGCUACAUCGUAUUUGGCCCCCGGGAGACAAAUAAGAUAGGACCAUCCUUUUAGUUCCAUUUGUGUGUGUUACUGCAGCGUAGGUGAUAGUACAAAAUAAAUAAACCUUUGGAAUAAAUAGAUACCCUAAAUAAUAACAGUUAAAAAGUACAAAAACAAGUACACAAAAGGAAGUGCUGAAUUCACAUUAUUGCAUAUAUAUAAACAAAGGAAACAAAGAAAACGUGCCUAGAUGUAGAGCACUGAGCAACCACACGAGGGCGGUCACUUCUUUUUAAAAGGAAAAACCAUGGCAUCAGGCCUGGUUUGACAAACAACCCUUUAAAGGGAGAUGCCACCCACUUUAGAAACCUGCACGUUAUCCCUGUUGAGUUGUGGUGUUUAUCUGUCAGACCCUCGUGUCGUUGUUUACAAUUCAAAGUAGAACGUUUUCCCAGAAACUGCUCCCGGUCGCUUCAUUGCCCCCCUCUCUUCUAGAGAACGAUCUAGUCCUCCAGCAUGGUGUGCAUCACAAAUGAGGAGAAUCACGGUUUUCCUGUGUUUAGAACUCAGACUCUGAUGACACAAAGUCUUUCAAAGCAGCAGGAAAGCCAUUAUGUGCUUUAGAGACGAUUUAGUGCGGCACUAAAACAACUAAUAUUGCUGCAAAAAACACAAUUUAAUUAAAUGCAAUUCAUCCAGGAGCUUUGGGCCUCGACUCAAGCUCCUAAUUGUUGAACAACAGCGCAAUAAACCUGGAGAGCUCGCUUAGAGAUGCAGAUGAGGCAACGCAUGGCCAGAGAUGAGAAUCCAGUUAAACUGUUCUCGCUGAACGCAUCCACAGAGGAGAAGGGGUAAUGGAGCAGGGAGGGUUUGACGAGCUGCAUGAAUACUUUAUAAUCUCAUGCAUGGAUCAGUAUUUGCACAGCAGGAGAUGUGGUGAUUCUAUUUGCCGAACAUAGAAAAUAACACAGCAAAAGUGCUGCUCUUUGCUCCACAACCGGUCGUGCUCCUGUUUUCCAGAAGUGCAGAAGCAUAAACAAUUAAAACUGAUGUAUACAAAGUCUCACCAACAUCAAAAUGUACCAACAAUAAUUCCAAAAUGAAGAUUUGGAUUAAGGUUAUUUCCUGCAUGAAAGUGAAAGCACUGAACAUUAUUGUCACUAAUUAGUAUUAAUUAAUAUCUGGGACGUUUUGCUCGGUGUAAUCAUCUGUGAGGAUUUCUUUUGUCGUCCAAAGGAGUAAAUUAUGUUUUAGGAUGAAAGAACAACAAAGAUUCAAGUCGUUCUCAUUUGUUUUCUAUGUAAAUAUCCACAGCAGAAUCAGAAUGUGUCAACAACAGUUUUCCAUUGAUAUUCCCAUUAAAUAAAGAAAGACAACGUGGCAUAAAUGACACAGUCAUUUAACUAAACUUUUCUUGUUUGGUCUCUUUAGUGAUAAUAAAGGCAGUGAAAGUUU